AUGUCUAGUGCGGCCGAGGCCGAUGGCUUUCUAGCCGUCCUUGGACACUUGCGCCAAAAUCAACAUCUCUACCAUGCCCUCAGUGAUCGAGUACCUCCCUCCGCCCCCUCUGGCUCAGACGCCCAACCGCCAACCCACGAGACCAAUGCCAGUGGGCCCAUCGAUAUCGACCAGAUCCGUGAGCGCUUGGCCCGCUUCAAGCAAACCGAACAAGCCAAGUCGGCCGACACCUCCCUUGGUCACCCAUUAGCUCAAGUGCCAGCUGCUCUUCCUCCAGACUCGAGCUGGCUGCGCUCGCGCCCAUUUCACACCACGGCCUUCUCAACCAUCAAACUCGUCGCCAAGACCCCGGCAACCCCACUGAAUGAGCUCUCUCGAGAGCUUCAGGAGCUGGCCCUGGUCGACGAUCUCCUGUUCCUCCUGCUCGGCGUUGAGGGCCGCUACAUUCGAUCCUCCUUUGCAGAGGAGCAGAGCGAGAAUCUAUAUCUCGAACGAGAUUUUUCUCUUGACCAGAUUACAGACGCUGCCUUGCGCGAGCUUACCAGCAAGAUCUUGACCGUGUGCCAAGACUAUAAUUACAUUGGGCGACUGAUUGAUGAGUUUGGACGCUUCCAACAGGGUGCCACCAAUCAGGCUUUGUCCGGAGCGUUGCAGCGUUUUAACCGCGACUACCUGGUCCUUGAGGGAUGCCGCGGCGCUGACACCCUAAGCGCAUUGCACAUGGCCUGCGCGGCCGCCACCGGUGACGAUGUAACCAAGAUAACGCUUCAGGGGAUCACUGCUGAGACGGCUCGUCCCUACUUUGCAUGCCUCUCUCGUUGGAUCUCCACUGGCGCCAUUGAGGAUCCCAGCGAGGAGUUUAUGGUGCAAGAGGCUCGCGAGUCAACCGGUCGCGUCAUCGCCUCGCCAGCCUACAGUGACUUUUACUGGAGCAAAAAAUACAGCCUCAAUCGCGAUCGCGUUCCCAUCUUUCUGACUGACUUGGCAGACGACAUUCUGACGAUCGGAAAGUGCCUCAACGUGGUCCACAGUGCCCGCCGUGACGAGACCCUGCCGCUCCCGGCAGAAGAUCUGUCCUAUGCCCCCGAAACUACAAUUUUGAGCACCAUUCUAACGCAGCGCAGUCUGCGGGCCAGUCAGCUGGCCGUGUCUCUCAUGUUCGAGCAAGGCGCCUUGGCUGAACGGCUCUUGCGCUUGCGAGACUACUUCUUCAUGACCAACGGCGACUUGUUUAUCCAUUUCUGGGACUGCGCACACGAGGAGCUGCGCAAAACAACGGAGCAUGUGUCCGUGGAACGUACCUCAACUCUACUGGAUUUGGCACAGCGAACAAGUACCGAGCGUUUUGCAGCUUUCCGCGAUGACUUUUCAUGUCGCUUCGCCUCCACCAACCUCGUCAGCGAACUCUUCCGGAUUAUGAAGAUUUCCGCGCAAAACGCUUCGCAGACAUCCUUCCUGAGCUUAGCAGAGGCAGAUUUUGACAGUGAGGCCGAAGGACCAACAGCAGCCUUUGAGGCCUUUUACAUCGACUACCACCCGCCCUGGCCCGUUUCCUUGGCCCUGGGCCGCAAGCUGCUGAGAAAAUACCAGAUUGUAUUUCGCCAUCUGUUUUACAUAAAGGUCAUUGAGACAGAUCUAUCGGCAAGCUACUCUUUCACAACGCCACAGCUUCGCGCCCAUCAUCUACCUUGGCUGAGCACAGCCUACGCCCUUCGCCUGCAAAUGCUAAACUUUGUACACAACUUGCAGUUUUACCUAUCAGUCGAGGUUCUUGAGCAGAACCACCGCAUAUUUAUGGAGCAGUUGCGAACGGCUAGUUCAUUGGACGAGAUGUGCCACAUGCACAAUGACUUUUUGGACUCGUGCCUCAAAGAGUGCUUGCUGACAGCGCCAGCGUUGCUCAAGAGUGUAAGCAAGCUUCUGAAAUUGUGUCAACUCUUCCGUGACUAUAUGGAGCGAUGGAUCCGUGCUGCCAGCUUGCGGUUGAUCAAGACAAGCCACGUGGUCCAGCAGCCCUCGGAUGACGUUCAGAUGGAAAAUGUUCGCAAAUUGCAAACCAAGUUUUUGGAACAUAUGUCCCAUCUGCUCGCUCAACUCACUCAAACAGCAGCCACUGAAAACAUGGCCAAGCUGGCCAAUCUCGUGGCGCGCUUCAAUACCAAUCGCUUCUAUCAAGAUGAGGUGAUGCAAGCAGAGCUCAUGCAGCGCAAAGCGCGACAUCAAUUUCCAGCAGGAGAAGAGGAGGAAGAGGAAGAAGAAGAGUAGAGCUGAGGAGCCGGCACGCGUGCGUGUGGCUGGCCAAGGACGGCUGGCUUGCAGCUGCACUCUAACAAGAGUGCGCUCCCUAUCAUGUCAACACGUGUUGGAAUCAUGUUUACACCAAUUUUAUUUUUCUGUGCC